AAGAAGUGGGCAAUUGCAGUUUGUUUAUCUCUCUAGCAUUACUAUUAGGGCUCUCUCUCUCUCUCUCGAUAACACUAACCUAAUCAUCAAAUCCCUAAAUUUUUCCCCUUCAAUGUCGCUCGUUAAACCCUAAUUCAAAGGUUUACAUGGAUCUGUGACCUGUCUAGGGUUCUGUUUUGAGUGAGUGUUUUUGUUUUCCUUCGAAAUUAGGGUUUGAUCUGAUUCGAAUUUGGAUUUUUGGUAUUAUUAAAAAAAUGGAGCCUACUGAUGUUAAAAAGAGGGGUAGAGGUAGACCGAGGAAGCGAAGGCGAGAAGAAGAGGAAGUUGAUAAUAAUGUGAAAGUUGAAUUUUCUAUUAAAAAGCAAGCUUUAGAGAUGAGAUGGAGGCCACUUGUGGGUAGAUAUGUGUUGAAAGAGUUUGAUGAUAAUGGUGUAUUUUUAGGGAAAAUAGUUAGUUAUGAUAGCGGGUUAUAUAGGGUAGACUAUGAAGACGGUGAUUGCGAGGAUUUAGAGAGUGGUGAGUUGCGUCAGAUAGUCUUGAAUGAUGACUAUUUCGAUGACGAUUUAAAUGUAAGGAAGAAUAAAUUAGAUCAAUUAGUGUUAGAAAAAAGUUCACUAAAGAAGAAUAAGGAAAAAACAACUCAUUCAAAAAAAGGGGCUGAUACAACCGAAAGAUCAGCUUUGACUGUGAAUGACGGGAUACAAGUUGACGGUGAUGCGGAUUCCUCUAGUGAUUCAUGUGAGUAUGCACACGAUGGGGAUUUGGAACCAGAGAUAGAGGUCCCAAUUAUCCCGCCCCCACAAUUGCCUCCAUCAUCGGGGAAUAUUGGUCUGCCAGAGGAGUGUGUAUCACAUCUUCUCUCAGUAUAUGGAUUCCUGAGGUCAUUUAAUUUCCGACUAUUCUUGAGUCCAUUUACAUUAGAUGAUUUAGUUGGGGCAAUUAAUUGUUGUGUUCAGAACACGCUGUUGGAUGCCAUUCAUGUUGCUUUAAUGCGUGCAUUAAGCCAUCACCUUGAGAUGCUCACUUCAGAUGGUUCAGAAAAUGCAUCAGAAUGUUUGAGGUGCCUUGAUUGGAGCUUGCUUGAUUCACUUACCUGGCCUGUUUUCUUGGUUCCUUACUUUAUAAUAAUGGGACAUACAAAAAGACUUGAGUGGAAAGAUUUUCAUGAUGAUAUUUUGAAGAGGGGAUACUUCUCUUCAUCAGUGAGUAGGAAGUUGAUGAUACUGCAAGUUCUGUGUGACGAUGUCUUGGAUUUUGUGGAGAUAAGAGAGGAAAUUGAUGUGCGGGAACACUCAGAAGUUGGCUUAGACCUUGAUGCAGUUGGUAUCAAUCUUCCUGAAAAUGGACCUAGAAGGGUGCAUCCUAGAUAUUCCAAGACUUCAGCAUGCAAGGAGAGGGAGGCUAUGGAGACCAUCACUGAAAAUGAAGGAACUAAAUCUUAUUUUAGCUCAAAAUAUAAGGGCUUGGAAGGAGAUGUUUCUCAUGUUGAUUAUGACCGAAACAGUGAUGAAUGCCGUCUUUGUGGUAUGGAUGGUUUUUUGCUUUGUUGUGAUGGUUGCCCAUCAGCAUAUCAUCCCAGAUGUAUUGGUGUUGUCAAGUUGAAUAUACCCGAUGGUACUUGGUAUUGUCCAGAGUGCACUAUUAACAAGUUGGGACCUACUAUAGUUGCGGGAACCUCACUCAGAGGAGCAGAAAUAUUUGGCGUUGACACAUAUGAGCAAGUCUUCUUGGGUACUUGCAAUCACUUACUGGUGCUCAGAGCUUCUGCUAGCGCAGAUCCAUGUCUGAGAUACUACAGUCAAAAGGACAUUUCAAAGGUCCUGCAAGUGCUGAGCUCCUCGGUUCAGCAUAGAUCCUCAUACAUGGAGAUAUGUAAAGCAAUUGCAGAUUACUGGAAAAUUCCACCAAGUACAUUUUCUCCUUCUGAUACGCUAGAAAGAGUUCUGCCUAUAGCCAACAUAAAGGAAGAUGAAAAAUCUUUGUCUGUUUCAGUUCCAUUUAUCUGCAAGGCACGCCUAAUGGCUACAUGUACUGGAGAUGCUGAGAAUUCCAUUAGUUUGAAUACCAGUAGUGUGCAUAAUGUUGCAGUUUCACGUCUUAACGCCCCGGUCGUUGCAACAAUUCAAGCUGACCCUCAUGCCAUGUUAAGCAAUGGUGAUUUGACAAGCAAAGAAAAUCCCGAUCUCAUGAUUAAGAAAUCCUCGGAGCAAAUAAAGGUUGAGUCUACUGGAUCAACAGACCAGCAAGUUGAUCCAUUUGAUGUAGCCAAUGACAGCUUUUCCGAUAGAUCAAUUUUAACAACUACCUGCACCUCAGCCACCAGCGAUGGAAGUCACAUUGGGCAUUCUAAUGCUUCUUCUAUACAAGUGUUCACACCUUUUCAAGGCAAGGAUGAUAAUAAUUUAGGGUUUGGAAUGAUCGAGAGAAACUUUUCAGACAAUGUUGCGUAUGUGGGAACUUAUUUUAAGCCUUAUGCCUACAUAAAUUACUAUAUGCAUGGGAGGUAUGCAGCAUCAGCUGCUGCCAAAUUUGCUGUUCUUUCAUCUGAGGAAAGUCGGGAGGUUGUUAAAGCAGCCAAUGGUAGGAUAGUCAGUUCUGACAUUUUAUUACAAUCAAAAGCUUUUUCAGCAGCAGCAUCUCGUUUUUUCUGGCCAAGUUCCGAAAAGAAGCUUAUAGAGGUGCCAAGGGAGAGGUGUGGCUGGUGUCAUUCCUGUAAGACUGCUUCCAAUAGUAAAAGGGGAUGUAUGUUAAAUGCAGCAGCCUUGACAGCUACUAAAGGUGCCAUGAAAGUCCUCAACAGCCUUCGUCCUGUAAUGAGUGGAGAGGGCAGUCUUCCGAGCAUUUCAACUUACAUUUUGUACUUGGGAGAGAUUUUAUGUGGACUUACUGUAGGUCCCUUUGUCAGUUUGAGUUAUAAAGGGGAGUGGCGUAAGCGAGUAGAAGAUGCUUCAACUCUCAGUGCAAUUGUAGGGCUCUUGCUUGAACUAGAGGAAAGCAUCCAUAGUAUUGCUCUUUCGGUGGACUGGACAAAAGCAAUGGAUAUUUUUCCAGCUGAUUCCCUUAUGAUUCAAAGUGCUGCAAGCAUUGUUGGUACUACUCAAAGACGUGGGCCUGGUGGGAAGCGACAUAAGAAACAUUCUGGUGUGCCUGACAUUGUAUCGAAGGGUUGUGGUAAGAAAAGUUUUGUCUGGUGGCGAGGGGGGAAGCUGUUGAAGCAUGUAUUUAACCAAGCAAUUUUGCCUCAGUUAGUGGUUAAAAGGGAGGCUCGGAAAGGUGGUUUGAGGAAGAUAUCUGGCAUCUAUUAUGUUGAUGAUCCUGAACUUCCUAAAUUAAGCCGGCGGAUGGUAUGGCGAGCUGCAGUUGAGGGGAGUAAGAAUGUAUCACAGCUAGCUCUUCAGGUUAGAUACCUAGACAUUCAUGUGAGAUGGAGCGAUCUUGUCCGCCCCGAGCAGAAUCACCAAGAGGGAAAAGCUCCCGAGACAGAAGCCUCUGUUUUCAGAAAUGCAAUCAUCUGCAAUAAGAAAAUUGAUGGAAACAAGAGCAGUUAUUGUGUUGCUUUUGGGAAUCAAAAACAUCUCCCUUCACGAGUAAUGAAGAAUGUAAUUGAAAUGGAGCAGAUUGCAGAUGAAAAAGAGAGAUACUGGUUUUCUGAAACAUAUGUUCCUUUAUAUUUGAUCAAAGAGUAUGAAGAAAAGGUUGACAAUGUGGCUUCACCGCCAGUUAAGAAUCCUUCGAAUGGACUCUCUGAGUUGCAGAGGAAGCAAUUAAAAGAUUCCCGCAGGGAUAUAUUUUUAUAUCUUACAUCUAAAAGAGACAAGUUAGAAAAAUGUUCAUGUGCAUCAUGCCAGCACGAUGUUUUAAUGAGGAAUACUGUCAAGUGUAGUACUUGCCAAGGUUAUUGCCACAAGGAUUGUAUCAUAAGUUCAACGAGCAAUAGAAAUGCAAAAACAGAUUUGAAGACGUGUAAGCGGUGCUAUAAUCCCAAAGCUGGUGUCUAUGGCAAUGGUAAUGAACUUCCAGUUACUCCAUUGCCUCUGCAAGGAAAAGAAUCACAUGAUGUAUCGACAACCAUCAAAGCCAAAACCAUUAAAUUUCGCUUAAAGCCCAAAGUUGUUUCCUCUGAAAAUGGUAAUGAAACUCCAACUGCUCCUUUGCUAGGGCAAGGGCAAGGGCCUUGUCAUACAUUGACAGCAACAAAAGGCACAAAGGUUAAACUUCGUAAUCAGGUACCGUCAAUCAGAACCCAAAAUAGCGAGGCUGAGGUGAAACAAGAUACCUCAACUUCUUGCUCUGAAACAAAAACGAAAAAUAAAAUAUGCAGUUGGGGUGUCAUAUGGAAGAAAAAAAGCACCGACUGUGGUAUUGAUUUCAGGAGUAAGAAUAUUAUUUUUUCUGGAAGUGCAGCGGUCUUGAACAUUAUUUGUAAACUUUGCAAAAAGGGCUAUGAUCGUAACUUGAUGUAUAUCCACUGCGAAACUUGCAACGGUUGGUUUCAUACUGAAGCAGUGGAAAUUGACGAAUCAAAGAUUCCGGAUGUGAUCGGCUUCAAGUGCUGUAAAUGUCGUAGAAUAAGAUCACCCAAGUGUCCUUACGAUGACAACUGUGAAAGUGAGAAGGCAGCGGGCCAUAGACGGUGUGAGAGGAUGUCCAAAAAACGAAAUACGGGAUUGAAGUCUGAAUACGGAGCGGUUGCUGAAUUUAAAGAGAGUAAACCCACUACCCCAAUGUUUAGCAAAGAACAACAGGUCAUACCAGACGAUGAUCCUCUACUUUUAUCACUUCCAAAAGUUGAGCAAAUUACAGAUGAUAAUACUUCCUCAAUGGAGCUUGAAUGGCAUGGUGCCGGACAGGGCCCACAGAAGCUUCCGGUCAGAAGGCAUUCAAAACCUCAAGGUACUGUGGAGAAUGAUAGUUUUUCUAACAUAUUUGUCUCUAAAGAGGAGCUAUUACCUGUGAAGCUACCAGUCAGAAGGCACUUAAAGCCUCAGGUGACCAUAGACGAUCUGCUUGACGACAGUGAGUAUUUUAAAUCACCCGUGCCCACUAACGGAAAUAACAGCUUGUAUCUUAAAGAGGAGCCAUCUUGUGUGGAGUGGCCUCGAAAACUUCCGGUCAGAAGGUAUUCAGAUCCUCAAGAGACUACUGAAGGUAUGCUUGAGAAAAGCUGUCAGUCCAAAUCAUCCAUGUCUGUUGAUAGAAAUGACAUCAUAGUCCCUACAGAGGAGCCGUUCUGUGCGGAGUGGGAUGUUUCUGCUGAUGGCCUUGGAGGUGGGACCCUCAUGGAUUAUGAGCAGACCUUUGAGGAUAUGGAGUUUGAACCGCAGACCUACUUCUCAUUUGGGGAGUUGCUUGAAUCCGAUGAGGGUGUACAGUUGGACGGGUUUGAUGGUUCAGCAAAUGUUUUGAUGGUUUCUGAUUAUCCAUCCUGUGCAGUUUCACUGGAGGGGUUUUCCGAAUUCGUUUCCAGCGAUCCAUUAGUAUCAACCUCUGCUUCAGAAGCAAGGAUUAAUACAAAGCAUUGCAAGAUGUGUUCACACUCUGAACCAGUCCCUGACCUGACAUGUAAAAUCUGUAAUAUAGUCAUACACAGUCACUGUUCUCCAUGGGUCGAGUCGUCAUCUGCAGAAGGAAACUGGACAUGCGGUAAAUGCUUAAGGGAGGAGGUAGCCAAGUAGAACCAGUUUACAAUUCCGGGCUAUUUUUGCACUUAUCGUCAGUCAGCUGUGUGUAAACUAAACCAUAUCAAGGUUUGUGCAUUAUUUCAGAGGGCCGUGUGAUACAUCAGUUUCAUAAUCUGAUAAGAGAGCUCUUAUAGAAUCCAAUUUUCUGAUACCCAUUUUUUUUUUCAAUUCUUGGGUUUGUUCAGAUCAUUUGGUCUUUUAUUAUGGGAGUAAUGGGUAAUGUCAAGUGGCGUUUCAUUUUUGUGAAAUGGGAGAGCUGGCUCACAGCCCCUCAGAUAUUUCACGUUUGAUGGGGCAAGUAGCUGCGUCGCUUAUCAAAAAACUACGAUGAUUCUGUAUAUAGAUUUUAGCUCCAAUUUUUUGAUACAGUUAAAUUAAAUCUUCUUGUAUUACUUUAUUGAAAUUUGCAUACUGCAAAUGUGUCAAAAUUGCUUUAGACUCCUUUAGCAA